AUGUGUUGUGCGAUCUUACCAGACCGAGGAUCACCGUCCGUGCAGAGAAUCGGUUCUCCGCGACUAGUGCACAUGUCUUCGUCGGAUUACGUUACAUCUGGCGGUUACGAUACGUUGAUACAAUCGAAUCCAUACAACGACGAAAUGGCUGGUGAUGGAUGGAAGAAGCAGAAGCCAGCAUCAGGAUCUCUAAUCGUAAAGAAGAUUAAGAGUAAAUUCUAA